AUGUGGGAUAUUGUCUGGACAGACCCGAAACGGGAGCUGGUGGGCGAACAUAGAGCCAAGAAGGAGAGUCGCAGGAACAGAGGCCCGGAUUGCGCAACGCCCUUGGCGCGGAGCUCGCUAUCGUCGACGACAAGCUCCCACUCUUCCAAAACCGAGUCGGCCUUUGCGCGUUUCAGAGCGCGGGGCUUGAAGAAGCCAAACUCUAAAUCAACGUCAUCUCCGCCAGAGCAUUCUCCUCCCACGGCCUUGCCGUCUCCAGCCUCCGCAUCCGUAUCCGGCUCAGCCACCAGCGCGCGAAGCUCCGUCUCCGCCACGGGCGAUUUACUUAGCUCCCUCCUCAGCACGCCCGCUUCCUGCUCUCGUUCGCGCACCAGCAAGCCGGCCACAUCAUCCGAGAGCACGCGUGAUGAGCCUGUUGCACGCCCUACAGCCGACACUACCAUCGACAGUUUAUCGUCUCGCGUGGCCGCCGGAUCAAGGAGCAGAUUUGCGCGCAUCAUCGGGUCGACCGCCUCGAGCACAGCGCGGCCAGCCGGCGCGCCCCUGUCCGACCUCCAGAGUCCGGUGAGGAGCGCCUUCAUCGCCCCUGAUUUGCUGUUUCCGGGCGGCCCAUUGACACCACCUCGGUUCGCCGACCUCUCAAACUCCCUCCCGCCCAGCCUUGCCUCUCGAGAUCCCCGUCUCGCCCAUCUCGACACGCCGGCCAAGUCGCCGCUGCGCUUCCGAGCCCAUCCGCGGCCAUUGCCCAGCUCACUGACCUCUGAUCGAUGGGGCGCUGCGUCGGCGCAGGUCCGGGUCAAGAUGGCGGAGCCAGGCAAGUCGCCCCGGGCCGUGAUGACUCCGGGUGACCUCCGGCAGUUUUGGAAACCACCCGACUUCGAGGCCUAUGUACGAGACGUCAAGGCAAUGGCUGCCGCCACCCCUGCCGCUGUGCUCGCCAAGCUCCAAGAGCUGGCCGCCACGAACCCUACGGCGGAACAGCCGAGCCAACCCGAGGUUGAGAGAAUGCGAUGGAUGCUCUCGGCACUGCAUCACCUGGACGUGGCGCCCGCGCCUGAGGGCAAGUCCAAGGCGCCGACGCAAAAAAUUGCGCCAGAAAAGAUGAACAAUAUCCUGGCCCUGUACGAGUCCAAAGCCUCGGCGUCAUACCUCGCUGGCCUCCAUCCCACCAAACGCAUCUGCCAUCUAUCCGAUAAGCCGCUCCCGAUGGAUACGCUUCCCAACGUGCAGCCUCUUUUCGUCUCGACGACGUCUCCCUCGACGUUCCCGAUCCCACCGGGGCUCUUUGAGGCGGUCCACGCGCUGUCGCUGCCGUCGCUGUGCUCGUCGCAGGACUUGCGCGGCAUCAUGCAAAACGUGAGCAGCUCUUUGAAGCCUGGCGGCACCUUUUACCUGGUGGUCAUCAAUCCGCUGCCCUGCGUCGACACGCUGGGUAGGAGGUUGCGGAUGUGGCUGGAGGAACAUCUGGUGGCCAACCUUGAGAAGAAGUCGAGGUGUACGAAUCCUACGGCGCAGCUCCCGCGAUGGCUCGGCGAGGUGUCUCUCCGCGGGGCGGGGAGCAUCCUCACGGCGGUCAAGUUCUACGCCACGGCCGAGAACGUGAGGCGCAUGCCCCGGGACCCUGACCCUGCCGUUGAAAAGCUUUACGCCGAGCGCAAGACCAAGGCGGAGCUCAGGAGCCUCGUCGGGCGCAUGCUGUGGCGGACGGUUUGGGGCGAGCACGUGACGGCAAACUCGUGGUGGUGGGACGACCGUGCGUGCGUGGACGAGUGUGUCGAGCUGGGGACAUUUUGGGAAUACCAGUUGAUUGAGGCCGUCAAGGCGAGCUAG